CGUGACGGCAGAGCAGGUGAGCACCGCUUCCGGGGUUGGAAGCCCGGAUCCCGGGACUUCCACUCGGUCGGGUACGCGGGGCACCAUGGCGUCCUCCUCGGCCCCGCCGGCCACCGUACCGGCGAGUACAGCGGCCCCCGGCCAGGGUUUCGGCUUCGCCUCCAAAACCAAAAAGAAGCAUUUUGUGCAGCAGAAGGUGAAGGUGUUCCGGGCGGCUGACCCGCUGGUGGGCGUGUUCCUGUGGGGCGUAGCCCACUCGAUCAAUGAGCUCAGCCAGGUGCCUCCCCCUGUGAUGCUGCUGCCAGAUGACUUUAAGGCCAGCUCUAAGAUCAAGGUCAACAAUCACCUUUUCCACAGGGAAAAUCUACCCAGUCAUUUCAAGUUCAAGGAGUAUUGUCCCCAGGUCUUCAGGAACCUUCGUGAUCGAUUUGGCAUUGAUGACCAGGAUUACUUGGUAUCCCUUACCCGAAGUCCCCCGAGUGAAAGUGAAGGCAGUGAUGGCCGCUUCCUUAUCUCCUAUGAUCGGACUCUGGUCAUCAAAGAAGUAUCCAGUGAGGACAUCGCCGACAUGCACAGCAACCUCUCCAACUACCACCAGUACAUUGUGAAGUGUCAUGGCAACACGCUGCUGCCCCAGUUCCUAGGGAUGUACCGGGUCAGCGUGGACAAUGAGGACAGCUACAUGCUUGUGAUGCGCAACAUGUUUAGCCACCGUCUCCCUGUGCACAGGAAGUAUGACCUCAAGGGCUCCCUAGUGUCCCGGGAAGCCAGCGAUAAGGAAAAGGUUAAGGAAUUGCCCACCCUUAAGGAUAUGGAUUUUCUCAACAAGAACCAAAAAGUUUAUAUUGGUGAAGAGGAGAAGAAAGUAUUUCUAGAGAAGCUAAAGAGAGAUGUGGAGUUCCUAGUACAGCUGAAGAUCAUGGACUACAGCCUUCUGCUGGGCAUACACGACAUAGUUCGCGGCUCUGAACCAGAGGAGGAGGGGCCUGUGCGGGAGGAGGAGUCAGAAGGGGAUGGGGACUGUGGCCUGACUGGACCUCCUACUCUGGUGGGCUCCUAUGGCACUUCCCCUGAGGGUAUUGGCGGCUACAUCCAUUCCCAUCGGCCCCUGGGCCCUGGAGAGUUUGAAUCCUUCAUUGAUGUCUACGCCAUCCGGAGUGCAGAGGGGGCCCCCCAGAAGGAAGUGUAUUUCAUGGGCCUCAUUGAUAUCCUGACGCAGUAUGACGCCAAGAAGAAAGCAGCUCAUGCAGCCAAAACUGUCAAGCAUGGGGCUGGGGCAGAGAUCUCUACCGUCCAUCCUGAGCAGUAUGCUAAGCGAUUCUUGGAUUUUAUUACCAACAUUUUUGCCUAAGAGACUUCGUGGUGACUGCUGCUUUAUGUUCAAGGUGGUGGGGUUCUGAGAGGCCUGGGGGAAAUAUGGAUAUUCUGGUCACUAUGUCUUCUCUUCCUCAUUGCUGAAUCCAGGCUACAGCUCCUUCUGCCCGAAUAACUCCAUCUUAUUGAGUAGGCUCUUCCAAGCCCUCAGAAAUAUAUCACCUUUUCUCUCCUUGGUCCAGUUUUCUUCCCUCUCUGCCUCCAACAAGUCAACUUGCUUCAUUAGCAUGUUACUGUUGAUUCUCUCCCAAGUGCCUUGACUUUUUUGUAAAAUGUUCUGUAGUUUCUAUAACACAGGAGGAGCGGCGGGGAGGGGGUUGUCUGCCAGCUUCAGGACCUAACUGGACAGAUGGACCUGGCUCAAGCCACUACUCUGGAUGCACUUUGCUCUGUGGGAUGAACUAAGAAUGUCUGAAUUUUGCUGAUAACUUUAUAGAACUCACUGUGGCAGACUUCCUCCCCGGUAGGCCCUGGGAUGGAAGACUACACGAUACUACAGAAGGUGCAGGCGUGCACACAUAUGAGGGGAUACGGCUAGUCUACACACAGAGGUGGGGAGGAGCGCGCUCAGUGGGCUCACACCUCGUGGAGGUGGGAAUUAAGGGGAGUCGUGAUUAUGCAGGGAACUGGAGAAAUGUCAGUCUCAGAGGUUGACUAGUCUCUCCAAGCUAUCUUUCCUCACUCCAUUUCCACCCCUACCUCUGUACUUCUGGGCACAGGAACCCAGAGAUGGAUGGCCAGGGUGUUCAGGCUUGGGGGGAGGCAUGUGUUGCUGCUCUUCCCCAGGACCUCACACCUCUUCUGGCACUGGAACCCUUCCCUGUGGUAUGGCCAGUUCUGGAGGCUAAGAUGGUAAGCCAGGGGUGUAAGGUUCGUUCCCCAUAUUAAAUUUCCUUUCAUGUCUAGCCACCCCUGAAGUUUUAUUCCCAGGAGAAGGGAAUAUCUCUACCUGGGUCCACCCUGGUCAUUUCAAGAGGAUGGAGGUGUCAAGUAUGAGAGCCUCCUCUGCUCCCUAGAGGUGUGUGCCUCGCAUAUAUCCUUCCCCCAAACUCUUUUUCCAGUUGGAUUUAUUAUUCUGUUCUCUUCUGUCCCAUCUUACUGCUACUGUUUCUCCCAGGGGACAGAUGGCCUUCUUUGUCAUCUUCUCUCUCCACCCCCAGAGGAGUCAGAGUCAUAACUCAGUCACCCAGCCUCCAAAGACAGCUGAGCUGAUGCAUGAUAUUCUCAGAAUGCAGAGGACCCUGAUGAGCCCAGAUAGCGUCCUCCCUGCCCUCCAAUGCCUUUGGGGUAAAGGCGGCCGUUCUUCUAGCUGUCCUCCAUACCCCUUGAAGCUUCUACAUUUUUAAAAAAUAUAAAGACGGACACCAGCCACUGGCCUGUGGGGAUGCAAAGAUUCUUUGCUCUGUAUCUGGCUGGAUUGAUCCAUCUCACAAGAAGUCAUGAGGUCAUAAAGAAGAAGUCCUUUCUCCCCUCCAUCUUCUGUUCCAAAGGUAGUAACAAGAGGGAUCCCAGUAAAGGAUCAGAGCACUUGUGACACCUUCCUGUCCAGAGCCUGAUAGACCUCUUUCACUCCCACCAUCUACCUUUCCCCAGUUGAAUGCAAUAAAACUCCAUAACACCAGCAACUAUUGUUCUUUAGAAAUGGGUUUCUGACCAGGUGGCUGCUGAUGUGCCAUGAACAGUAUGGUCUUCAUUUGUUGCUUCUGACUUUCAUCUUUUUUGUUUUGUUAACUAAUACAAAAGGUCUUGUGUAUUUGCUCCCAUUGCUGUCGCUGUAUAGAAAUUAAAUUAUCGAAUCCAAAUUCCUUCACA